UCACCUCCGUGAAUGAGCAGAAUGACACCUUAGCCCCAUCUUCCCUGGCACUGCAGCGCAGCCACAGUUCAGGGACCUUUAGAGGAGAUUCCUUCCUCCAACCGAUAACCUCAAUCUGCUCUCCAGCGUUUGCUCUACUGGGAAUAACGCUGCUCACACGUAGACACAGCCAGCAGCAAAAGUGACAGCGCUGCUCUCCCGCCGCCCAAAUCUGACAGCCAUGAUCCGGAGAGGCCCCCUGCUACGGCUUAGAUCAGGGAUCAGCUUGCUGCUCGAUGGCUAGACCCCAACACUCAAAGAGCUGGGGGCCUUUCUGUUGAGAAUCCCUCACUGCAUUGUAGCACAUGGAUUUCAAGACUUCAAAUGAAGAGACAAAGACUGGGAUUUAUUUGAUGCAAGAAGGUAAUGAGGAGCCGUUUAAUAUUCGACUACACUUGGCCAAAGAUAUUCUGACCAUUCAGGAACAAGAUGUCAUCUGCGUUUCAGGGGAACCUUUUUAUUCAAGCGAGAGGACUGUAACGAUCAGACGGCAGACGAUUGGAGGGUUUGGUCUCAGCAUCAAGGGCGGAGCAGAGCACAAAAUCCCUGUUGUGAUAUCAAAAAUAUCUAAAGAACAAAAAGCUGAACUCUCUGGGCUACUUUUCAUUGGAGACGGCAUCCUUCAGAUAAAUGGAAUAAACGUCAGAAGCUAUCGCCACGAGGAAGUGGUGCAGGUUUUGAGAAACGCAGGUGAAGAGGUAACGCUCACGGUGUCGUUCCUGAAGAAGACUCCAGCCUUUUUGAAACUGCCACUGUGUGAGGACUGCACAUGUAAGAACCCUCCACCAAACGCUGAAGCACUGGAAAGCAUCCCCAGCGACCAAAGUAGCGGGACAUCGUCUCCUCUGUGUGACAGCGGCCUGCACUUAAACUACCACCCCAACAACACGGACACGCUGUCCUGCUCAUCCUGGCCCACUUCUCCGGGGCUUCGCUGGGAGAAGAGAUGGGUGGACCUGCGCCUUAUUCCUCUGUUGCAUUCACGCUUGUCGCAGUACAUCCCCGGCUCUGACGUCUCCAGGAAAAAUGCUUUCCAGGUCAUAGCUGUGGACGGCGUCUGCAGCGGAGUCGUACAGUUCCCCACUGCUGAAGACUGCUUGGACUGGCUUCAGGCAAUAGCGAGCAACAUUUCCAGUCUCACCAAGCACAAUGUGAAGAAGAUUAAUCGGAAUUUUCCGGUAAACCAGCAGAUUAUCUACAUGGGCUGGGUCGACGAGAAGGAGCAGGACUCUGUUCAGGACCGGAUGUACUCACCAAAGUUCCUCGCUCUGAGGGGUUCUUCCCUCUUCAAGUUCACCGCUCCUCCCGUGACGACGUGGGACUGGACCAGAGCGGAGAAAAGCUUUACCGUGUAUGAAAUAAUGUGCAAAAUUUUAAAGGAAAGUGACCUUUUGGACAAAAGGAGACACUGCUUCAGUGUUCAGACGGAGAGCGGGGAAGACAUGUUCUUCAGCGUGGAGCUGGAGUGCGAGCUGCUGAUCUGGGAAAAGGCUUUUCAGAUGGCCACGUUCCUAGAGGUGGAGAGGAUACAGUGUAAAACGUAUGCUUGCAUAAUGGAGAGCCACCUCAUGGGACUUACAAUUGACUUCAGCAUGGGCUUUGUGUGCUUCGAUGCUGCUUCAAAGGCAGUACUGUGGAGAUACAAGUUCUCCCAGCUGAAAGGAUCCUCUGACGAUGGAAAGAGCAAGAUCAAAUUUUUGUUUCAAAAUCCAGAAUCCAAAUCUAUUGAAGCAAAGGAGCUGGAGUUCUCGAACCUCUUCGCUGUGCUUCACUGUAUUCACGCUUUCUUCGCCGCCAAAGUUGCUUGUCUGGACCCAGUGUUUGUCGAGAGCCAGGGCAGCACUACGACAGCUCUGUCCAGCCUCUCUUGCAACUCACAGACUCCAAAACUGAAAUACACCACUUGACAGGUGCUACCGUCCCUGGACCACUUUUAAAAAAGACUCGAACCGCCUAAGUCGGUUGACUGGUGAACUUGGAUCAAGGCUAUAACGGUGUUGCGGAUAGUGGGACGCUUUGGUAGAAUAAAAGACCUCCUUGUGAGUAUUACACUUGAUAUCACUUUAAGACUUCAGGAAUUACUCUGGACCUGACUUUGAACUUCUACUUUGAAUAACUUCUCAGAGAGACUCAAUGGACAUGAAAUGGGAUUUUGUCUUUCUUUCAAGCCUCAGACAACCACAUGACCAACACAUCAAACAGAAAUCGCUGGUAAUGUCCCACGGUAGUUUCUCUUUUUUUUUAUGGAACUCCACUGAAGGUCUUGGUCUGGAUCCAUAAAGAUGUGCACACUCAUGGAUAAAAGGGUUUGUACUCAUAAGGGCAUGUUGUGCCUAUGCCUUCUUUUUUCACUAAAUUAACAAAUCACAGCAUUUGCAUGGAAGCUACGAAUGGCCUUACACGUGAUUAUUAAUUUGAAUAGGAUUUUCUUGGGAUCACAAGCUGAAUAUUCUCUUAUCUGGAAAUAAUAAGGUGCUUUGUUUUGUUGAGAUAGCACCUUUAUUUGCCAACCAUAAUUCAGAUAUGAUUUUCUUGAGACCACAAGCUCAUUAUUUAUAUUGACAGUAACCAAGCUAGUUUUAUUUCCAUUUCGCAAGAAAAAGAAAUUCUUCAGAUAAGAGCCUUAACUGCUAUAAAUGUUGAUUUAGAUGAUUUUCCCAAAGUCACAAGUUGAAUAUUCUGUUGUCUUAAGAAAGACAAGGUAAUUUUACCUCUUUAUAUCUCUAAAACAUUGGAUAUUAUCAAUUUACUUGCCGUCAAUAUUUGAAAUGUCAUUUUCUCGACAUAGGAAGCUGAAUAUUGGUUUAUUUUGAGUUAAACAAGCCAAUCAAACCUCAUUAAUUUGCUAAAUAAAGCUUGUUUUAGUUAUUAAUUUAGCUCAGAUUUUUUUUGUGAUCACAAGAUUAAUAUUCUUUCAUCUUGAAAUAACAAAGCUAGUUUUACCUCUUUGUAUCACGCAAAAAUUGCAGAUUUUCUUGAGAUAGCAGCAUUAGCUGCCACCAGUAAUUUGGCUGAAAUGGUUUUCGCAAUUUUCCUUUUAGACAACCAAGCUAGUUUUAGGAUUUAAGAUAGUCAUGUUUGAACUAUUUUAAACUCAUUUAUGAGGUGAUGACCUCACCUGAAAUAAUUAACUUGAAUCUAACUUUCUCAAGAUCACAAGCUUUCUAUUCUAUUAACUCCAGAUAAUUAUAGCAGUCUUAUCUCAGUGUCCCCAGAAAAACAAGUUGUUUUUCUUGAAAUGAUCGACUUAUCUGUCACUAUUAAUUUAAAGGGGGCAUAUCAUGCUUUUUAAUGCCUUCUUUUUCACAUUGAAAUCAUUCAAUUGUGGUCUAUAUAAAGUGCAACUGCAGUGCUUUGGUUUUAAUACCUCAUUACUGUUGCCCCACAGCCCGUCUUUUGACCCUGUUCUAAGGUGGUCUCUUUAAAUGUAAAUUAGGCACUUCUUGCCCCGCCCCUCUUCAGGUCACAGGUCUGUGGUCAAGAGUUUCGAACUGGCAACCUUUACAGCUUCUUCAGGACACAAACACCCAGCUCCCUAACCAUUAGGCCAUUAUUCCCAUCUAUUGUGAUCCAAAUAUGACCCAAACUAAAUAUGAAAAAUAUCUAUGCAGUAUUGGACAGAUUAAAUUCUAAUUUUCAACACUCCCAAGUAGAGAUCCUCAAGUACACAACAAAUGUAUUUAAGGGCAUAAAAAGUGGAUUUUGCAUGUGCCCCCUUUAAAUAUGACAUUUUCAAGAUAAAUAUUAUUUUAUCUUGAGAUAACUAUGGUAUUUGUAUCUUAUCUCAAGAAAACAAUACUUGUCUACUUGAGAUAAUUAUAUUUCCUGCCAUAAUCAAGGUAGAUGUGAUUUUCUUAUCCCAGGAUAAGCAAGCUAGUUUCAUCUUGUGAUCCCUAAAAAAAAGCUAUGUUUAGAUAUGACUUUCUUGAGAUGACAUGCCGUUUUAUUUUGAGAUAACCAAUCUAGUUCCCUUUUAUUACCUCAAGAAAAAAAAAACAAUUUUGAUAAAAUAAUGGCCUUACCUGAUAUUAUUAAUUUGGAUGGGAUUUUCUCAUGCUCACCAGCUGAGACGUCUUUUAUUUUCAGAUACGCAAACCAUUUUUAUUUUUUUUUUUAUUUCAAGGGAAAAAACUUUUCUUUUGAGAUGCAAAGAUUGGUGGUUAUUUUAGGACACCUAAUUUCAUUGUUCAUUUUCACUGUCAUAACACUUUCAGUAUGACACAAAAGUUGUUCACUGAUGAUCCUUAUUGAACAGCUGCCAGCAUUCUGUUCCUCAUUUGCUUUUGUUUUAGAAUGAACGCAAAAUAAUUUAAAGUUAUCAUGAGAAAGUAUUUUUUUGUCAAAACAAAUAAAUAUACCUGCCAUAAUAACAAUAUUAAACUGAUAUCAUGACAAAGAAAAACAUUUUUUUUUCACAAAUUAAGAUAAAUGACAGAUCAUAAUUUAAUCAUUGUGCGCAGAACCUUUCUCAGUUUCAGUACAAAAAUUUGGUGAAAAAUUAUUUUCAAUAUGAAUAUAGCCUGAUAGGAAGUAGACUCUGGGAGAUACAUUAUUAUAGAUAAUAGCUUGUUCUCAUUUAUAUUCUAGUAAAACGUUUUACAUUUAUGAGAAUAUUUCUUUUACACUUUUGCUUCAUCAUAUCUGAUGGAAAUUGCUCUCUAAACAAGCUGAAUCUGUUAAAAAAAAAGCCUUGACUCUCAUUUACGCUCAUUUUUGUUUUUUUGGGAGUGCGAACAUGAACACUUGACUUAUUUAAAAGUCAAAUGUACUUACCAUCCCUUUAGAGUCCACCUUCGAGCCAAAUGGUAACAUUAAUUUGAUCUCAUAAAAUAAAAAGCAUAUUGAAUUCAGCCAAAAUUUGAUUACUUGGGGUGUCCGCUGGCAACACCAGUGAGAUAAAUUUAUGUUUUAGGUUGUUUCUUGUGUUGUCCUUGCCUGACAUUCAGUAUUAUGAAGUACAAAGAUUUCUGGGUAUGAAAGUCUACUCUACUACUGUUUAUGUUGUCGGUGGAUGAAGAAGGAAAUUUUGGCCAUCAGGUUCUUUAUGAGCAAAACCACAAUCGGACUGAAAAAAAAGCAACAACUUCUGUUUAUAAUAUAUCUCCCUAAACGUAAUUUUGUAAAUACACGCUGACAUUUGAAUAAACUCCUACGAUAACCUACGAAUCAUAACCUGAAAGACUACUUCUUAGGAACAAGGCAUUCAAGAUUUGAUGUGCGCUAGAGGUAAAAAGCUCACACCCUAAUGCUCUCUUCGUCUACUCUUUGAACCAGUUAUAAGAAUAACAUCAGCCAUGGUGUAUUAUUUUUUUCUAUCGCUGCUUGGAGUUACCCUGUAAAUACUACAUUAAUAACCAAUAAUUAGGAGGAAAACAGAAAUAUUCAACAUCCUGGCCUACAAUGGCUUCAAUUAGCCCUUUAACUUGUCUCUGCUAUAUACUGAUUGUACAUUCUGCAGAGUUAAACUAUCAUAUUCACAAAGAGUUCGGGUCAAUUAGAGUAAUUAUUCAUGCUCUUACCUCCGAUUUGCAGAGUGGAAAUCAAACAGAGGAGGAGGCCCCUGGGUAAGAAAAACUCUGGAGGAUAGCAAAUUAGAUGGGGUCAAAGUGUUUUCGUGCUUUGCAGUAUUAUUAGGGACGGAGAGCGAUGGUGGUGCAGUCUAUGCAAAGAAAGUCUAUGUGAUGCUUUUUGUGCUUUAAAAACAAUCGUGGUAAGAAGCAACCAUGUAACAGGAUCUUAGAGGGUGAGGUGGAUUUUAUUUCUAUUUUUUCGCAGAUGUUUUAAUAACAGAUAUGCAGUGAAAUGAAUCAAUAAAAGAGAACUUUUGUAUCA